AUGUCUAUUCUGUUGUGUCACAGAAAUAUCCCCAGGAUUCUGUUAGUGUCAUGUGGCAUCCAUCGGGGUAUAUGGAAUGUUUACCUAAUUAUUAUUCUGCCUUCUUUCAGGGGAAAAAAGAUGAUAUAUGGAUUCUCCAUCUCCCUUAUCCUCAUCAACCUGGCUUCCAUAAUGGAGCGGGCUGAUGAGAAUCUCCUCCCCGCUGUUUACAAGGAAGUCAGUGCCGCCUUCGAUGCUGGUCCCACUGAUCUGGGGUACCUUACGUUUAUUAUGAACUUUCUGAAGUCCAUAGCAUCUCCCUUGGCAGGUGUCCUUGCUCUUCAGUAUGACCGCCCCACUAUUCUUGCAAUCGGAACUGUCUUCUGGGCUCUAUCAACAGGGGCCGUUGGUGUCAGCCAGUACUUUCAGCAGGUUGCAUUCUGGAGAGGUGUAAAUGGUAUCGGACUUGCCAUUGUCAUACCAUCACUUCAGUCCUUCAUUGCUGAUAGCUACAGAGAGGGCACCCGUGGCGCCGGAUUUGGUUUGUUGAGCCUCAUUGGCUCAAUAGGUGGUAUAGGAGGAAGUAUUGUGGCAACAGUUAUGGCUGGAAGGGAUUAUUGGGGAUUUCCUGGAUGGCGGUUUGCAUUUAUUGUGGUCGCGUUUGCAAGCUUGUUGAUUGGGCUUCUUGUUUACUUUUACACCGUUGAUCCUAGAAAAACAUCUCCAGGAAACUUUGGUGACGACGACACCAAUGAGAGGUCGCGUUUGGUUGGUAACAGUGUUUUCCCUCCACUGUCCAUCUGGAACGAUUCAUGGAUAACAGCAAGAUCUGUCAUGAAAGUGCGGACAUUUCAAAUCAUCGUCUUGCAAGGCAUAGUCGGCUCCUUGCCAUGGACUGCUGUCGUUUUCUUCACAAUGUGGUUCGAGCUAAUUGGUUUCGAUAACAAAAGCUCGGCGGGGUUAAACAGCCUAUUUGCCAUCGGCUGCGCGAGUGGAUCAUUUCUUGGUGGAGUAAUCGCAGACCGUGUGUCAAGACGCUACCCGGAUUCAGGUCGCAUCAUGUGUGCUCAGUUCAGUGCCUUCAUGGGCAUCCCUUUCACAUGGAUCCUCCUCACGGUCAUCCCGCAGUCAGUCGACUACUGGUACAGCUAUGCUGUCACGCUGUUCCUGAUGGGGCUCACCAUAAGCUGGUGCGCCACCUGCGCGAACAACCCGAUGUUCGCAGAGGUGGUCCCUCCCAAGCACCGCACCAUGAUCUACGCGUUCGACCGCGCGUUCGAGGGCUCCUUCUCGUCGCUGGCUGCUCCCGCUGUCGGCAUGGUGACCGAGAAGGUCUACGGUUACAACGCGAAGACUGUGAACCUGGCGGACGGGUCAGUGGCAGGGGCAUACGCGCUCUCAAGAGGGCUGUUGACCAUGAUGAUCGUUCCAUUUGGUCUGUGCUGCCUGUUCUACACUCCGCUGUACUUCGUGUUCAAGCGUGACCGCGAGAACGCGAGGUUGGCGGCCAGCGCCAAGGAUCUGGAGCUAAUGUGA